AUGGUGUGUGUUUCCUACUCAGAGUGUGGAUGUGUGGGUCAAGAGAUGGAAAGCUAUGAGGACUUCUGCCUGCGGAGUUUGGCCAUACUGCAGGAGGAGGGGAAAUUCAAGAAGACGACAUGUGAGCCAUUGUGUUCCCUGAAGGCUCGGUCUGUCAUCCGCUUUCAUGGAAGAGCUGUUCUUUCGCCACUGUUGAGUGCAGAGCAGCGUAAGGAGAUGUGCGGCCACAGGCAGAGGGCCGUCCAGCAGGAGUUGGACAGGCAGAACCAGCAGAGGAACAAGCUUUUGGCCCGAGUGCAGGACAUCCUGGAUCAAGCUCAGACACUUAAAGUACCAAGUGGAGAAGUUGACAAGCUGUCAGUUUCUAAAUCUGCAACAGUCAGUGGUUACACUCUGGUCACUGACUCACCUGGACUUCCCAGAGACCCUGGAUUUGGGCUUCAGAUAAAUGAUCAGCCUGCCACUCCAUGCUCUGAGACUCCCACCCUCAAUGGCUACAAGGCAGUGGAGGAAGUGAAGGUGGAGGGGGAAGAGAAGAGUGAGGAGGAGGAGGAGGAGGAAGAGGAUAUUAGUUUGGACAGCCUUCUUAAAAAAUCAAGAGAGUAUGUGAAAAGAGAGCAAAGUCAGAAGGGGUCAAAAGUUGUCCACACAGUUACGCGGACUGCUUCAGUGGAGUCUGUCUCCGACAAGGAGAAUAAGAGCUGUAGUCCCGUGGGUGUUGAGUUUGGAUUCAGUCUGCAUCAUAGCCCUGUUGGCACACCUCAGACUCAGAUCCAGCAUCAGACUCUAUAUGACCCCAGUCUGCAACAGUCUAGCUGCCUCUCACCUAGUCUGCCUGACCAGUAUGCUCGUCUUCCCAGUCCAGAGUCCAACAUUAGUCCCCGUGCACGGAGACGCAGACCACGUCCAGUUUCCACGGGAAACAUCCAUAUUUCGUUUCCCAUUGGCCCAGCAGACCUUAUCCCCCGAAGCCCUGGAAGGACAGGGGAAGGUGCUAGCAUGAUGGCAGAUUGGGGAGAAGCUCUAGCAGGGGCCGCAAAGUCCUCUGAUCACUGGGGCUCAGUGGAGAGUGAAAGUGGAGGUGGUGUAUGCAGGAGUGGCAAUCGUCGAUCCAGUCACUGUGGUACCAGUCCAGUGUCUGGUGCCUCUAGCCCCAUUAGUGCCUCAGUGCCCAGCCCAAUGGGACACCAUGAUCAUCUGGCUGCAGGAUUUCGCCGGCGCUGCCACACCUUGGACAGCCAGUUGCAUACCUACCCCUCUGGAGUUGAGCAGAUUGACCGCAGCCAGGAAAGGGUCCCUCGUUUCAUGGCAGGAGUUACACGGUUGGCUCCAAGUUGGCGCACCCCUGCAGCUCCCUUAAACCAGUCGUAUGAGGUAGAGAAUCCCUCACCAUCUCUGCUGAGACCCCGUGUGACUCCCGACUUGGUUCAGGUCACACUCAGGAUGGACCCUAAUGAUCAUCAGGGGCCAAACAAUGGAAGGAUCACACAAACAGUCCUCAGAAAUGCACCUGAAUUACAGGCCAGCAAGGCAGAGGAGACCCAGAGGCGAGCGCAGGCUCUAGAGGACAUGCAAAGGCGUCUGGAGGAGGAGCAUGCCUUACAGAUGUCACUGCUCCUGGCUGAGCAGGAGAAAGAACAACAGCGUCUCCGUCUGGAGCUCGAGGACACAGAGAGAACACUGAAGGAACGGGGCUGUGUGCGGCCUCUGAGUGGGGAUGCUUAUGGGUGGAAUCGUGGGUCUGUAAGUGACAGUUAUCCUGUUAUGAGCCCCUCCUGCCCAGGACUGAGCCCUGUCCACACACCAUCUGAGCGAUCACCUGGACACAGUAUAGGUUUUCCCAGCCCUGUCAGUCCCAGUGUGUGCUCUCCCUCUAUCCAGCCUCCGGUUUACCUGUGGGGGCCCACUUGGUCAGCUAGCAAACCUCGAGCAAGGCUGAGUCUGGUUCUGACAGCAGAGCAGCAGAGGGCAUUCUGUCGAAUUGGCGCCAUCACUCGUGGCUUCCUCACACGCCGACUGCUCAAAACAGAGAAGGUCAAACACCUGCGCCAGACCAUCAUGGAUACACAGGAAUUCAUUCGUUCAUUCCAGACUGAAGCUCCACAGAACAAAUGCACCCUCUCAGCACAAGAUCUCUCCCUGCAGGAAAGAGUUAGAGCUCAGUUACGUGCAGCCCUUUACGACAUCCAUGACAUCUUCUUUGAAAUGCCUCUGGGGGAUCGAUUAGCAUUGUUGCACCAGGACAGGGAGCUCCGGGCAGAGAGGAAGCUGCGAGACAUGGAGAAAACCAAGUGCCCCAAAGAGAGGGUGGUUCUGUCUGCUGCCACACAGAGGUCUCUGGACAGGAAAAAGAGGGUUAGUGAAUCCCCAGCACAGGCUAGGAAGAUGCAGCAGAAGCCAAAGAGCCCCACUACCAACAGAGUCCUGAAGACAAGCCAAGGUCAAAAUUCUCCUGUCCAAGGCCAGCUGAGCCGCCAGGGGAGCUGGUACAGAAAAACCCCAGAGGAGAGAGUGAAGCGAUCAGACAGCCUGAAGAAGCAGCACUCUCUGGGUUAACAGGUGGCUCAACAUCACCUUACCUGUCAACUUGAAUUUUUAGUUUUUCACUACAAACCUUGCACCACUGAAACCCCACUAAGAGCUGCUAUCAAUAUGAUGAUCUUUAAUCUACCUUUUAGAAUUCAAACGAUUGUAUACACUAUUACAGUGCCAUUGUUUUAACUGUUGUAGCUAUGGUUUUUAGUGUCAACAACUGCUUAUUAUUCGCAAGAAUCACAUGUAGCUGAAGUAUUUAAUGACUAAGCAAGUACAUUUUACAUUUUUUGAAAGAAAAAAUAAGUAUCUGUACUUUGAUGCAAGCCAGAACAAGGUCAGAGCUAAAGGGGAAUAAGUUAAAACAGUAGAUCUGUGCCUAAGAAUUAUGCCUUUGCUAUAUGUAAUGUUUUAGCAUGCCUAUAUUUGCCAUUUGUGUUCUAGUGCUUGUAGCUGUAAGUGAAUCAACAAACAUCAGUUUCAUGCUGACACUCUUUAAUGUAGAUUGUGUACUAUUCAUUCAUUUUAAAUUUUUGUUCAAGGGCUUUGAAAACCUAUUUGUGCUUUGUUUCUUUAUUUAAUGGUGCUGAGUUUACAGUGCUCUGAGACAUUUCAGUCUGAUUCAACAUUUGGCUUAAAUCAAUGCCUAAAAAAAACCCAAAAUGUACAAAAUGUAUUUGUUUACACACUGGCAAGCUGUUACAUCAAUAUAACUUCCCAUGAUAGGAGAUGCACAGCAGGUAUUCAGUGGUGAGUUUUGUCUAGAAGCAGGACUAAAUUAUGAAGACCAUACAGAACGCAUGCCAAAUUCUCUAAAAAUGUUUCUGUUAUUUCCCAAUAGGGAAAUAAGGGUUCGACUCUGAUUACAAGAACAUUAAUGUGGACAUAUUAUCAAACCACAUAUUGAUAAAUUGGUAAACUUACUUGUUCACUGUGAUGCCACACUGACUUUAUAUUUCUGUGUCAUUAGUAUUGAGUGUGUUGAUGUUGUUUAUUGCUCUCUUUUGUUGUUUUUAUUUUUUGAAUUUAAAAUGCCAAAGGGUCAUGUUUAUUAUGACCAAAAUAAAUUCUGAAAUUAUUUGAA